AUGCUUCCCAACCGUUAUGCAACUCCCUUGAAUUCACCGCUGUCAAUUCCUACACCUUACGCCCCCCCCUUCAGCCAGGCGUCUCAUCUUUUGGAUCCUCUAAUCACGUAUACCACCUAUUCUUUGAAUCCAAAGGCGACAAAGACACAUGAUGGAAAAUAUGGUCAAAGUGCUUAUGCGGCAAUGUGGGAAAGUGCAAGCUUCACCUAUGCUGAUCAUCCGCCUUUUACGACAACGGCCUCGCCCACUCCAGUAUCGACUAAUGAACUGGUCUUUCCUCCAGCGCUACCAGUCAAGCCAAUAGAUGCAGAAAAGGUGACCAAUCUAAACCUUCCAGCAGACUUUGUUUGGGGAGUGGCGAGCAGUGCAUGGCAAAUCGAAGGUGGUCUGAAGUUGGAAGGGCGAGGCCCAUCAGUCAUGGAUAACAUUGGGGCUUUGCCGUCAUCUGCCAAUGACUCGAACGUCGAUGCGAUGUUCUAUUUCUUGUAUAAGCAAGACAUCAGGCGGCUAUCGGCCCUUGGCAUUCCAUAUCUGUGCUUCUCUAUCCCUUGGUCGCGCGUGGUUCCCUUUGGUGUUGCCGGAUCUCCGAUAAAUAUACAAGCCCUUGAUCACUAUGAGGAUCUGAUUGACGAAGCGAUUGCAAAUGGAAUCACGCCUAUUGUCACUAUUCUCCAUUACGACCUGCCAAUAUCCGUUUCUUACAGUGAUCCAAGGUUCAGCGAGCAUUACUUGUACUAUGCCAAGCAACUGAUGACCCGAUAUGGUGAUCGGGUUCCUUAUUGGGUUUCUGUGAACGAGCCGAAUCUCCAGCCCGUCAACAAUGCUCUGACGAACAUAAUGGAGGCGCACGCGAACCUCUAUGAUUGGUACAAGCAUGAACUUGGGGGCAAGGGAAAGAUCACUAUGAAAUUUGCCAACAACUUGGCCAUCCCCCUGAAUACCAAUAAUCCAGCCGAUGUUGCCGCUGCUGAGCGAUACCAGGACUUCAGCCUUGGAAUUAUGAGCAACCCUAUGUUCCUCGGCAAACAGAUUCCUCCUAGUGUGCUGACAACUACCGGUAUACAGAUCAGUCCGCUGACGGAGCCUCAACUGAAACUCAUUCAUGGAAAAAUUGACUUCUUCAGCUUCGAUCCGUACAGCGCACAGUACGUGGCUUCGCCUCCGGGAGGAAUUGAGGCGUGUGCAAGUAACCAGUCGGAUCCUCUGUGGCCAACCUGUGUUGUUACCACGAAUGAUGCCGCCGACGGCUGGCUUAUUGGUGAUGCCAGUUCCGUGACGUACAGCUUCAUUGCACCUGAGUAUGUUCGGGCGCAAAUGAACUAUGUCUGGGACACUUUUCGGCCAGCUGGCGUCCUGAUUGCUGAGUACGGAUUCCCUGCCAUUGGUGACACCUUAAGGGCGCUGGAUGCACAACGGUACGAUCUGGAGCGAAGUAUCUAUUACCAAGCGUUUUUAACCGAGGUUCUACGAGCGGUUCAUGAGGAUGGUGUUAAUGUUAUUGGGGCAUUGGCGUGGAGCUUCAUCGAGACCAACGAGUUCGGUACCUUUGACAGCCACUAUGGAUUGCAGACCCUCAACCACACCACAUUCGCAAGAACUUACAAGAGAAGUGCGUUUGAUUACAUUGAUUUCUUCCAUGACCAUGUUGAGAGACGUUGA